AUGACGACGGCCGCGCCGCCGCUCAAUAACACCCAGUUCCCAGCAAAUGUGACCACAAAGAACCAAGAACAAAGUCUCUAUCAAAGUUCUGGGGCAAUAGUUGCUGCCAUCGUAGUAGGAGUGAUUAUUAUUUUUACAGUGGUUCUGCUCAUAUUGAAAACCUACAACAGACACAUGAGAGUGAAGCGAGAGCUGGAGCCCAAAAGCACCAAACCCACCAUUCCUCCUGCCUUAGGGCACAAGAGCAGCACGACGCAGCCGCCGCCGGCCACCUUCAUCCCUGUGGAUAUCCACAUGCAGAGCAGGUAA